UUUUCUACUGUCUGAUUGGAUGACAAAGCCAUCAAUCUAUCUCAGAUUUUAGUUUACGUGCAGUCUGCAUUAAUUUUUGUCGAGAGUCUCCACGACUCAGCAUUGAACUGUCCACAUCAAGCGUCGUCACUUUUUUGUUUGUUUUGUUUUGUUUUCUCCCUUUGUUUUCCACCAUUUGUUAAACAGUGUACAACACGUUUUUUGUGUUAUUUUUUUAUUUCUGUGAAUACAUCGGAAUGGAACUUAAUUCUCUUCUUCUUCUUCUUGAGGCAGCAGAGUAUUUGGAAAGAAGAGACAGAGAAGCUGAACACGGUUACGCAUCUGUUUUGCCGUACGAUAGUGACUUUUCCAGAAAGAAAACUAAAUCCUCUCCUAUUUCAAGAAAACCUCACAACAAUAGGUCAUCACACAAUGAGCUGGAAAAACACAGACGUGCCAAACUGCGAUUGUACCUGGAGCAGUUGAAACAGCUUGUGCCUUUGGGUCCUGAAAGCACCCGUCACACCACACUGAGUCUGCUCAAACGCGCCAAAAUGCACAUCAAGAAGCUGGAGGAACAGGACAGGAAGGCUCUAAACAUGAAGGAGCAACUGCAGAGAGAACAUCGCUACCUCAAACGGCGCCUGGAGCAGCUCUCUGUACAGGGUUUAGAGCGCAUCCGCACUGACAGCAUGGGCUCCACCAUCUCCACUGACUCUGAGCAAGAAGUGGACGUUGACAUAGAGGGCAUGGAGUUCACACCAGGUGAGGGGGAUAGCGUGGACAGUGUUAGCGAUGGUGAGGACCACUACAGCCUGCAGAGCAGCUCCAGCGAUGGAGGCCACCAUUCACAUUCCCACAGAUUACAGGCUCACAUCUACUAGGCCGUGUCAGACUGCAGCAGUGUGUCACUUCCAACAUACCCAUCAGCCACUCCCAGCUGGCAGGAAGCACCUGGCUGAUUUCCACUCCCCAGAAAACUCUCUUCCCUCUCAGCCCUUUCAACGCUUUAUAUCAAACCCUCCCUUACCCCACAAAUACACACAGACAAGCAAUAUGUGGUUUUAGUAAGAACAUGUGGUGUGGUAAUGCAGUUUUAACUUGUCUCUUCUGCUGUGUAUGUAUGAGAAAUUGUGGCUCUGUUCCACAACCUAGUAACUGCCUAGCUGUCUAUCGUCUACUUAAACGCAGUAUCCUAACUGAAAAGGAAAAAAAAAACUCUAAAUAGGCUUGCUAAUGUGUGUGUCACAAGGCAGCAUGGUUUUCCUGUGUACUUUUUGGCUGCGUUUACACUUGCACAAAAUCCGUUUUUUUUUUUUCUUUUUACUCCCACAUAUAUCAGAUAUUGUCGCACAUGUAUAAACACAAAAAUCUGCAUCCAUUCUGAACCACUACCUAAUGUAGUUUUUAAAUCAGAUAUAUAUUGUAUAAAUCUGAUCUAUGUCUAAACAUAUAUAUUCAU